CGUCCUAAUGCAAAAAAACAUGACCCCAACGCAGCUCCAGCAGCUCCAGCAGCAGCGCAUGGCCAUGUAUGCAAUGCAAUCCUCAGCACGGCUACAGCCGACACAAUUCCAACCAGUACCUCAUCUAUACACGUCUAUGCCUCCCCCGGGUAUGGCACCACACGCACCUGAUCUUGCUGGUUGGAAUGACCCUAAUCGUGCAGUUCCUAAUAAUCGGAUGCCGUCUUUUCGUCUCACUGCUCAUCCAUCAGCUGCAGCUCCACCACGAAUGGGCCAGCAAUUUGCUGGUCAGCCAGCCGGCGUACGACCGCCAAUGACUGUCGUUCCACAUGUUGAAACAACCCCCGUUCACACACCUGUCCAGAAACGUAAUCUAGCACUAUAUCGAGAACGUGACAAUACAUACCAAGAAACACUUAAUAUUCAGCACAAACGACACAUUGAUCUCGCUCAAGAAAAGAAGCGAGACAUUGAGCUUGCAGGAGCAGAGCGAAGAGCAAAAACCCAGCACGGACCCAUUGUAGGUUUUGGUCCAGGUUACAAUGGCCAUGGUAAUGGAACAACAGGAGGUCAGACACGAAUUGUUUAUCCCCAGCAGCGCAAAAGAAUGAGACAUGCGCGCGAGUUUCGCUUUGCCCUGGAAGAAAUGACAGAGCAGGCAGAGAAAGAAGAUGCCUUGGUACCUAUCCGUAUCGACCUGGAAAUUGAUGGAUACAAGCUCAGAGAUACAUUUACAUGGAAUUUGAAUGAGACAUUGGUGACACCCGAGCAAUUUGCAAAUGUACUGUGUGAGGAUUUACGUUUGCCAGCAGCAUCUUUUGCACCUCAGAUUACACGUACACUCCGGGAUCAGAUCCAAGACUAUUAUCUUCACAAUGCAAGUAUGGUUACCAAAGACGACUCCGACCAGGAGAAGGAAGAAGUGGCCGAAAGAAAUGAAAAUGAAGUAGCAGUAAAGAAAGAAGAGGAACCAGAAGAUGAAAAGAAAGUCAAGAGUAGAGAAUUACGAAUGUUAAUCAGACUGGACAUCACGGUAGGUAACCGUGCAUUGCUGGAUCAAUUUGAAUGGGAUAUUAGCUGUCAGCGCAACUCCCCGGAAGCAUUCGCUCAGGUUAUGUCAACAGAGUUGGGCCUGGGAGGCGAAUUCAAGACGGCUAUUGCACAUUCGAUUCGUGAGCAGAUAUAUGUGUAUAUCAAAUCGCUUUUACUUGUGGGACAUGAAUUUAACGACUCGCCUGUCACCGACGACGAUCUGAAGCACAGCUUUUUGCCUGUACUAAAAUCAAUUAUACGUGAAGGAGAACAAGUCGAGCGUUUUACACCAGCAUUGCUUGAACUGACAGACGCAGAAGUAGAAAAGAUAGAGAAAGAUCGUAUGAGAGAGGCCAGACGUAAACGACGUCAAACACGCGGUAGACGUGGUAUUCUCUUACCCGACCGUGAACCAAUAAAGACCAACAGAACUGUCUAUGCCAUUCCACCCGAUCAUGACAUGACAGACGAACAAUUUAUUACCAGCAUCUCCAACCCUCCUCGUGCACCUGUAUCUGAUGUUACAAUGCAUUCUCAGCGACGCAGUGCUAUGCGCGCUCGUAUCAACAUAGCAGCUGAGGCAGCAGGAAACCAAACCACCCAUCCUAGUCAAAGUAUGCAAAGUGUCAUCUCACUUCAUUCAACUAACCGGGCGGAUCACACACGACCUCAUCCAAGCGGUUAAUAAAGCUUUAAAUUAUUGUCCCGUUGAUUUUCAACGAUAAACUUGUAUUCUUAACAAGUAUCUUGUUCUUAAAUCAAGAUCUCUUUGGUUUCUUUUUUUUAUUCUCCUUGAACGGGAUCUAGUAUAUACACUGUCACUCCUUUCUCUCUCUCUCUUUCCCUCACUUCCUUCCUCUUUCUCCUUUUCUCUACCAUUCCUUUCUCCCUUCCUUCUAUCUUUCUACCAUAAAGCAAACUUGCAUGCUACACGUCUAAUUCAUUAAAG